AUGGUGGCGGAGCGAGGCUUCGCGGAUUCGUCGGCGCCGGUGAACGGCCAUCAGAGGCGGCUUGCCAUGGCCGAGCAGGACGUGAGCGUGGCGCUGGAGAACCUCAAGCACAGCGUCACCCUCGUGCUGGAGCAGCUGAAAGAUGGAGAGUCUUCUGUCGCACCUCGUGAAGACUUUGACAUGCCAGAGUUCUGGAAAAAGUUAGAGCACUGCUACAAGGCAGUUUCCCAAGAGUCCACCAAGCUCAGCCUGGCCUUCUCCAGACCUCCCUUGCCUUCAGCACAGGAUUGCAGGAAGUUGGGUGAGGGGAUGGAGAACGCGGUGCUGGCCACUGUGACGGUCUUCUACACGCUGCCCAAGACUUACGGACUGGUGCUGAGGAAAAGCACAAAGGAGGCAACUAUGACAGUCCUGGGCGGAGUCCUGCAUCUGGUAGAAUCCAUAAAGUGCUCGCCGGUCCAGAGUUUAUCCCAGGGCCAGCUCACAAGCACAGCGGGCGUCUGGGAGGCUUGCGACUACAUCUCUCGUCUGCCAAGGGAUAAUGUGGUGGCAGUGCUGGCUGUGAUGCAGGCAGCUUUGGGGAUUGUGCGCGAUGCGCUAGAGGAGAUUGAGCAGGCUCAAGACGCAGGCAACAGUGACCCUUUUGGGGACGUGCUCGCAGAUGACAUCGUGGGGUUCCGGGAGAACCAGGACACCUAUUGGUCCGAGCGCGACCGCCAGCUGCUGGCCCCCUGCCUGGGCCUCAUAAAGGCGUCCAAAGCGUGCCUGCAUAAAGUUGCGCGAACGGUAAAGACCCACGGCUCGGCGGGGGCUGCGGCUCGGCAGGAGGAGCGAGCGUCACAGCUGGACGACCUGGCGGACCUCGCCCGCCUCAUCUCGCCCAGGUUCGCUCCGGAUUGACACAGACAACACCCUGUUGGGAUGUGAUCACAGGAGAAGGCCAUUACAGGUUUCUAUAUUUUAACUGGCAAAUCCCUUGAGAUGGAAAAUAUAAUUGCAAGGGUGUCCUGGAUGUCAAUUGACACAUAUGUAGUGCAGUGACUUCGGAGACGAUAUUUGUAGAGGCACCUGUUAUUACCACACACGAUCUCGCCUGCACGCACUCUGUACUCGCUAGCCUAUGACACAACACUAGCCGUGUAGCAUCGGCAGCGCUGACUGAGACAGUUGACAGGCUGUCUAGCAGCACAUGGAGAGCCCCGUUUGGGAAACCGAACCCACUAGCAGGUUCCAGGGGCUCCCAAAUGGGCCCCUCAUGACUCUUGUCCCAGUUCCUCCGCCCUGCCGACAUACACACCGUGUAUAUGCUCACCGGCGUGUGUACUGUUUGUACACUGCAGUUGCCGCUGCUGGUCACCAGCCGGCGAUAUUACACUACACAUACAGUGAGGGAAAAAAGUAUUUGAUCCCCUGCUGAUUUUGUACGUUUGCCCACUGACA